AUGUCAGCCAAGAUGGAUGAAAUGAAGAAAAGUUCCCUGCGGCUGACCAGGGACAAACAACAGCCUAUAAAGACUGAGUGGAGCUCCCGAUAUGUCCUCUUCACUUACUUCCAAGGGGACAUUAACAGCGUAGUUGAUGAACACUUUUCUAGAGCCUUGAGUAAUGCCAAAAAGCCCAACGAGCUGAGCACCCAAGACAGGAGUGAGGCCGCUAGCCCCGAUAGUGACAACCAAUUGCAUCCAAAUCACUGGAGUUUCAAUUCCCACUGGCCCAAGCCACACCCAGAAUUAUCUCCUGUCAACCAUGGCCUAGCCAGCUGUGCUUUGAACAUGUCUGUCGCCCAGGACUCAUCGCCACUGAUGGUCUCAAGCCCCUCUCCGCAGCUUGGACAGCUGUGGCAUUUGCCUUCUCCUGUAGCCAGCCCAAGCCUGGCUGAGCCUGGGUACCCUUCUCCCUCCUUCCCUAGUUUCCAUCUAAUGCCGGGAACCGAGCGGGAGAGGAAAUAUGGCUCCCUUCUCAAUCUCCUACAGCAAGACAGGUGCCUUGUGUACCCCAUGCCGCCAGCCAGGAAGCAGGCUAGACAUUCUCCCCUUGGCACUGGAGCCCCGAACCUGCUCCCCACUGGGACUCCCAGCCCUGACGGCGGGAAGAAAUCCGGUUCCUUCCAAAGCUUAGAAAAUACCAGCACCAAUCUUGCUAACGGAAACACAGAAACAAAUGCUGUUUCUCCAGCCAUAGCUGACAGCCUAGGGCAUGCCGGUGAAGUUAAAGGACCUAAAUGA